CAUACGCAGUAGUUUCUUUGAUAGCCGAUGAUAAAGUCUAUUCCCCUACUUUCGUUUUUACCGUUCUAAAAAAACAUUGAACACUUUCAUUCAUUUCACUCGUUAACGUUUUAACACGUAUUCAAAGCACAUCUCUGGAAAGAAAAUAGCAAAGUCUGGUCACAAGCUUUCACUCGAGAGACAUAAGGCCACACAUGAGACCACAGUCUCACAUGUCUGAAGAUAAAAAUGCUGACUUUUCCUCGUAUUUCUAUUUCCAUAAAUUCAGAACAGAAUUCAAAGAUCACGUCAUUGGUUACAAACAUAGGUCACGUUUUAAUAAAACAAGAAGUGAAAAUUACAUCGCGUACAGGUUAACACUUGCUCCAGUCUGCAAAGAAUUUGGUCAAAAGCGCAACCCCGAUAACCCCGUGAACAAUAGUCCACUAUACAAAUUUGUCGUUGUUACCAGAGCAUGUUGAAUAAAUAACAUGUUUGUAUCGUAACGUAUUUUAUUCGAAGACUAAUACAAGAAAAAUCCUACUUAUGUAUGCACAUGAGCUUGAAAUAGCCUCAAAUUUUGAGCAGUACCUAAUUUUUGUUCCUGAAAUUUUUACAUGCAAAUUUGGAAGAAUUUCACGCAGCAAUUUUUGCGACGCGUAUUCAACCAUGAAUUCAGCUAAUUGGACUUUGUUGGGUCGCUUCGGGUUUAGAUGCGUGGGAUCCUCUCACGCAACCAUUUCAGACUGCUACACAAAAGCGCGACCAUCAUUCAACGGCAUUGGAGAGGUCAUAGAACCAGGAUCGUCGUUGAUUUGUACCUGAUCGAACGUGUACAUGAGAUGUUACAUAAUUAUUACGAUCAAAUGGCGGCGAGAGUUUACGCGAUGUGGCGGGGUUACUGGGUCAGAUAGACGGUGCUCGAUAUUCCGAAAAUGUAACGGUUGCAAAAUGUUUACUUCAGGAAUCAAGAGACCGUGGAAAAUAUGAGAAAGUUUAUAUCGGUUCUUCUUGGGAAAUACGAUUGUUCUAUCUAUUUUUCAGGUUUCAGGUUCAGACAGGAUGUGCUCAAGUAUUGGGAAGGGAUCAUGGAGUAUGAACCUAUGCAGUGGAUUCAGUUCAUCCUGUUCAAACUACACCAUUUAUUAAGAACGCACCAACGUUCAGGCGUGAUCACCAGAAUCGACAAAACAUGCUUCACAUACAUCGAAGAAAUGAUGAAGUGUUUCGAAUACAGACGCUGCGGAGAAAGAAAGACCCAAACCUGCCGUGAUUGUCAAAUCGACCCCAAGCCAUCGCUAUUCCUGCGAGGGACCUACUACGAACGAUGCGAAAGGGAAAUUCGAGAGAUCGAAAGACGCAUCAAAGUUGGAAUCACGCCAAUCUCUAGAAGUCGACCGUACGAGGAAAACGACAAACAUCUACACAAACAGAAUCAGUUAAAUCUGGAGGCAGCGGUACACGAAAAAUAUUUGACGAACUCGUGCAACAUGGAAAUGAAAGAAAAGUGUGAUUCAAAAAUUGAAUCGCGAAUUCCUUAUGUGGGUCUUUAUAAAGAGAUCAAGGAAAUGGACUAUCAUUUGAAUCAGCUUCGUUUGAAGUGUCCGAUUCACGAUCCAUCCCUGUGAUCGAUUAACAGGAAGGUACUUAAGUACAAAUGCAUACGCGCUAAAUGAACUACGACUAAAACAAGUAGCUGUUUGGUGUCACACAAGAGGAAGCGAUAAAAUUUUCUGGUCAUCUUCCUU